ACACACAAUCCAGCGCCUAGCUAGCAGAGUCCGGACACAUCCUAUUUGGCUGAGGAGACACGUCCCUUCGUUUUUCCUCCCCUUGGGCAUGUGAAGUGGGGCAUGACCCACCAGCAGGCGUGCUUUGGGGGAUGGAUUUCCAGACUGUUAAAUUUAUCUGCUGUUGCUGCUUCUGGCCGCUCGUCGUCGGUCUCCCUCUGGCCCAAGGAGUUGUUUGCAAACCUGGUUGUCAUCCAGUGAAUGGAUUUUGUGAAGAUUCAAGUGAAUGCAGGUGCCAGCCUGGCUGGCAAGGCCCUUUCUGUGACCAAUGCAUACCUUUCCCUGGUUGCGUGCACGGAACCUGUGCCAAACCGUGGCAGUGCAUGUGUGAAGAAGGAUGGAUUGGCAGCCUUUGCGACACAGAUGUUCAUCCCUGCUCUUCCAAACCUUGUACAAAUAACUCAACCACUUGCAUAGAGACUGGCAACGGCGGAUAUGUUUGUUUGUGUCCUCAAGGAUAUACAGGGAAAAGCUGCCAUGUGAAAAAGGGCCCCUGUAUCGUUAACGGUUCUCCCUGCCAGAACGGAGGCACCUGUGUGGACAACAACGGUUUUGCCCCCCACGCUUCCUGUCUGUGCCCGCCAGGGUUUACGGGACACUUUUGUGAAAUUGAUCUCGACGACUGCGAGCCAAACCCCUGCGAACACGGAGGCACAUGUGUGGAUAUCGGCAGGGGCUUCCGCUGCCGUUGCCCUGCCGGCUACAGAGGCGCGUUGUGCGUCAACCAUGCUGCGGCGUGUGCCAGCAACCCAUGUGAAAAUGGCGGGGCGUGUCAUGAGCGCCCUGGCAGAGGUUUUAAGUGUGUUUGCAAAGCGUCGUUUCUCGGGGCCACCUGCGCUUCUCCCAACAGAAACGCCAGCGUGGAAGCUCGGCACAGGCAGGAUCACCACCUCCACCCGAAGGCUCACCGCAACCCUGUUCACCUGCAAGAACGAGAGAUCUUGACCAUCAAAGAGACCAUUGAAAACAGGCACCCGUUGCUCAGUAAGAGCCAGGUGAUCUGCUUCAUGGUUCUCGGCUUGCUUACGUGUCUUGUUGUGCUGGGGACCACUGGGAUUAUAUUUUUCUCCAAGUUUGAAAUGUGGCUGGCAAAUGCCCGAUACAGUCAGCUGGUGCGCAAAGAGAGAGAUUGCUUUUUGAAGGCGAACGAGGGCCAGAAUCUUCCAGUUAAUAUCAUCUUUCCGGAGAAGAUCUAACUGUCUAAGGAAUAAGGACUUCGUCUCCUAUCCAGAACUUUAUAUUUAGCAAUGACACAUCGAGCUUGUGUCACUCGCUCUUGGGACCAGUUGAUGAAGAAGAAAUGGACCGUAUUUGUGCCAACCCAGAGAAACUUUCAUUACCCCAAUAUAAUUGAAUCGUAUUGUGUAAACCCAUGAAACUUAAUUUAGGUUGCAAUCCUGUAUUUCCUUAACUUGAGAGUAAACACCAUUGAACUCAAUGAGGCUUCUGCCUGAGUAGGCACAUAUAGGAUUGGACUGCUGAUUUAUUUUAUUUUAUUUUUUGAAGUUAGAUGAACCUUUGUUAAAUGAGAGAAUUGUCGUCUUUUUACGCUGUAGCAUGUUUGGCCAUCGUGAUACUUUCCAAUGCUUAUUUUUAAUAAACAGUAAUU